GUCACGUGGAAACAGACGGAGGAGUGCAAACAUAUCGUGAGCCGUCUGAUAGCUGCUAGCUUGAUUCAUGUUGUUUUUUAGCCACCCGUCCUUUUAGUGUAGAGGAUUUUAUUGAAGGAUGAGUGAUAACGAUGACAUCGAAGUCGAUAGUGACGAAGAAUCACCGAGAUAUCACUCUGUGGCAGACAAACGGGCACACCACAACGCACUGGAGCGCAAACGUAGGGAUCACAUCAAAGACAGCUUUCACAGCCUGCGUGACUCUGUCCCCGCCCUUCAGGGAGAAAAGCAGUCUACCAAACAGGCGUCUCGAGCUCAAAUCCUAGACAAAGCCACAGAAUACAUCCAGUACAUGAGACGGAAAAACCACACCCACCAGCAGGACAUUGAUGACCUCAAGAGGCAAAACGCGCUGCUGGAGCAGCAAGUGCUGUGCAAAGGUUUUAGGUCCUCCAGACCUUUUGAUAGUCCGUGCUCUGGAGAAGGUGAAAGGCUCCGCCCAGCUCCAGGCCAACUACCCGUCAUCCGACAGCAGCCUGUACACCAACCCCAAAGGCAGCGCCGUGUCGGCGUUCGACGGAGGCUCAGACUCCAGCUCUGAGUCGGAGUCCGAGGAGCCCCCAAACAGGAAGAAGCUUCGUGUGGAGGCCAUCUAGGAUCUGAAAGUCUAGGUCAAGGGUCUACAGGGUUCUAGCUCACAGAGGGAACAGUAGCCUGCAAAGAUCUAAAGGCUCAUCGAUCCCUCCAUCAUUUCUGAUGACAUCUUUCCCUCAGUCACUGUCCUCCUCGUUCUCUGUGGGUGGCACUGGACACCCGUGACCCCUCUGACCUCCUCACACCACCGUCCACCCUGUUCCUGAGAACAGAAGCGAGAAACUGAGCAAGGUAGAAGAUGACCUGUUCUUAUUGAUAAAGAGAACCAGGUUGUUUGCAUCCUUCUCUUUUUGUUAUUCCAGCAACAUCUCCAAAACUGAACAAGAGGCAGCUUGGCUACUUAAGGACUUGAUACUUUGUUUUUGGUACUUUCUCUCUGUCCUUCGCUCCUGUUUAUUGUUGUGGGGAAGAGCACACUAGCUGUACUCCUCCAUGCACUGCUAUAUUAUAAAUAUAUAUAUAUAUAUAAAUGUAUUUUGUUUAUGUUAUUCUAGAGUAAAAUCCAGUUAAGAAUUUACACCCGUGUAGAAUAAGAUGCUGGAGAAAUUUAGCUUUUUAAAAUAUAAAAUUUGUAGCUUUUACACUAAAGAAUGUGAAGAUGCUUUACAGCAAAUGUUAGUACUUGGUCCCACCUCAGAUCCACGGGGUAGAUGACGUUUUCUGCCCUGAUGUGGAAAAUGCGCCACUUUUUUUUUCUUUAAACUGGUCUUUUAAAAGAGAGUAUUCCUAAAUAUGUAUUGUAUUUUGUCCUUUAGCUUGAAUUAGUGAAUGAUUUUAGGCAGCUGAAAAAAUUCUGCAUCUUAUAAAUCAUUUUAAAAAGCAUUGAUUGGAUGUUGGAUUUCAAAAGUGAGUUGUGCAUUUUGUUGUAUCCUCACGUUACUGGAAAA